AAGUCUAUUACUUGAAAAUGUAAUCUUUUGCAGGUUUAGCCUCAGUCUCGCAUAUCUCUUUUCGUACAACUUGCUUCAGUUCUAUGGACACACAUGGAUUUUCACAAACAUGACAGCCAGAUUUCUCUCUUUUGGGGAAGAUGCCCAGGCUGGCACCUUCUACUUUGUGGGCGUUAUAAUGGGCGCUUGUCAGCUUCUGUCUUUGUUGGAACUGUUUCAUAUUGCAGAUGGUUUUGAGGAGUGCAGACUUUUCCCUCGCUUCAUGCAGGUAAUGCAGAGAAAUGUCCUUCUGUUUCUCCUCAUCAGUCUGGAAGAGUUUCAGAGUAAACCAGUCGUGUGUGUGCAGUUUUAUCUGUGGAAUAUACUGGGCCUUCUAAGGUAUCCACAUGAGUUAUUUUGCCUUAUAGGCACACCAUAUUUUAAAAUGCUAUGGGUGCAUCAAACACUCUCGAUCCCAGUGUACUUGCUGUCUGCUGUCACAGAAGGAUCCAGUUUAACAGUACUACUCUUGCUGAAGGAAAGGAAGGAGGAUCUUGAGAGCUGGAAUAAGAAACUGAAGAAAGACUAA